UUGACGACAAAUGGCGCUUUGACUAAAAAUCUGUCUUACCAUCUUUUACUAUUCAUGUUUCAAGCGACGUCUAUCAAAAUUUCUGACAGAUUCAUCGAGUGAUUUGUUUUUGACAGUUGUUGAAAGUGGGCAAGUGUAUUUUUGCAAUAAUGGAGAAAGAACAAUAUCGGUCAGUGAUUCGAUUCCUUUUUUUGGAUGGGAAAACAUGUGAGGAAAUCAAAGAGAAGUUGAAUACGGCUUUAUAGGGACCAUGCACCUUCGAUGACUACCAUAAUCAAAUACUGAUUCAAUGAAUUCAAGCGUGGCCGAACAUCCGUCUUUGAUGAGGAAUGGCCAGGCUGUCUGUUGAGGUGAUUACGGAGGAUAUGGACAAAAUCCAUGAUAUCGUGUUAGCAAACUGCCGGGUGAAGAUCAGAGAGAUUGCUAAUAUUGUAAACGUUUCAAUUAAACGCGUACAAAAUAUCCUUCACGAAAAUUGGGCAUGAAAAAGCUAUCGGCCAGAUGGCUGCCGCAUUCGCUGACGAUUGAUAAAAAAUUGCCACAGCAAAACUGGUCCAAUUAUGCUACGAAUUGUUGCCUCACUCACCAUAUUCUCCAGAUUUGGCACCCUGCGAUUUCUUUUCGUUUUCAAACAUGAAAAAAUGGCUUGGCGGAAAGCGGUUUACAUAAAAUGAGGAGAUCAUCGCUGAAACAGACCUAUUUUGCAAAGUUCGACAAAUCCAAUUAUUUGGAUGGCUUAAAAAAAUUGGAACAUCGCCGGACUAAGUGUAUAGAGCUACAAGAGGCUAAUUAAAAAAGAUAUUAAAAAUAAAAUUAAAAAAAUUGCGUUUUCUUUCCUAACACGGGUACUUAUCAUACUGCCAUCGUAUGAGAAGCGCAACGGCAUCAAAGAAUCAGUUGAAUAUAGUUGAAUAAUUUGUUAUCUUUCACAGCAUGUGACUGACAGUAAUUAUUCUUUACACGAGCGUGUCAAAAAUAUUUCCUAAUAAAGGCAAGACAGUUUUUUCUUCGUCGUGUACACAUCGUAAUUGCCAGCGACAAAAUGAAGUUUUCAUAAGUUUAUAUUUAAAGCGUCGUGAACACGAACAAAUGUCUAUCAGCUUUCAGGUCACCUCAGAUUGACAUUUUUCUAUGAUUUUCAGAAACACUCUUGGAUUCCGAUAGUUAACGUGAUUGACUUUUCGACGUCGCAUUUUUCUCAAAUCCAUUUUUCCUUUAUUAAUUCAAUUCUUUUCGUCACUUUAAACAUUCGUGACACGAUCACGUACUAUAAUCUGUAAGAAUCAAUAGUUAUUGUUAAACCAGUACUUUACUCCGUGCUUUAUUCCGUCCAGAAUAAUAAACGAAAAAUGUCGUAACAGCUUGGCAUUUUCAAUGAAGCAAAGAUCGUUGCUUAUCGUCUAUCAUUAUAUUCCUCUUUAAACGUCGGACUCGUAAUUAGCUCGUUCUGACAUAAAAUAGCGCUGUUGACUCUCCGCGCUACCUCCGGGAACAAAAAUUAAAAAAAAAAUUGGCUCGCUGUAGAUAAAAUGUCAUUUCGAAACUCUUUCUCCUACAUCUAAGAAAUUCGCUUGAAGCCUUGAAAAUUAUUUGCAUCGGUGACGACUAUUUCGAGGGUAGAUACAAGAGCACCGAAAGAGAACAAGGAAAAAGGGAUUUAACAGGCUGAUAAGUAAACGAGGCUCUAGAUAUCAAUUCGUUCGAAGAAAAUCGACAAUUCUUAUUUCGCCUGUCUGAAACGGACGAAUAUUCCAUUGCUUGAUCUCACAUUGUUUCAACUUAAUUAUAUAAACCGUAAACCGGGUCGUUACGUGAAAAAUGCCAUUAUUCAUGAAGCGGAGAAAAAGUGUGAUGGAUUGCACAUGAAUUUACAUCGGAUGAAUUCAAAUAAAUUAAUCAAUGAUAAUGAUUUCACGAAUUAAUAUUAUUCGUCCGUUGGUUACAUUCAAAAUGUAAGAUGUGUACUUUAAUUAUGUUUGCGUUACUAUGUGCUUCUUGUCCGGUACCGCAACAUUAAUAUUUGCAAUUACAAAAAAAAUUUAUACACAUGACGUGCAGUCGUUCCCGAGUAAAUUAUUUCGAAGCAUUAUCUCAAAAACGGAGUAAAAUUAUGCACGUAGCCAAGACAUGACGAUUUAAAUGGAAAUGCUAAUUUCCGUAAUUGCAGUUAGAACAGAUGCUUUUCUAAGAGUAGGAAGCGUAAAAUAGAUAUACAAGAGGCGUUAAAAUAGACUGUAAAAUUUACUUAUUUGUCCGUUUUAACAUUUGUUUCGCAAGUAUGUCUUACUAGAAUUUUAUUGCACAAUCUUCGUUUAGUUAGACCGUAAGUGGGAAAAUAUAUAAGAUCGCGCGCUCCCACAUGGAUCAUUUCGCGUUUCGAAUCUCGUUCUGCGUAUACACCAUUUUUGAUAAUCCUAUUCAAGUGUGAAAGCUGCAAAUUUAGACUGUCAAAACACAAUAAUCGUUUAUAUUCAAGAUUUCAUUGUGAUACACAUUUUAAUAUGGCAGCCUUUAACGACAUAAAAAUCUUUGAUGAUACAAUGGAUGACAUGGAUAUCAUCAAAACUAUAGUUAGUGCAGAAAGCCCGGAAAGAGCUAUUUAUAUUGCGGACAUUGGUAAAGUCAUACAAAAGCAUCAGGAAUGGAUCGCCAAGAUACCUAGAGUUAUCCCGCACUUUGCAAUUAAAGUCAAUCCGGAUCUAACGGUAAUUAAAGUUUUGGCAGCUUUAAAUGCCUGUUUCGAUUGUGCAUCCGCGCAAGAAAUAAAACUAGUAAUGCAGCACGGAGUGCAAGGCGACCGAAUUAUUUUCGCGCAUCCGGCCAAAUAUGCGUCUCACAUAGAAUACGCUAGAGAAGUGGGCGUUAAACAGAUGACGGUCGAUGGUGAGAGCGAGCUCUUCAAGAUCAAGGAUAUCUUUCCCGAAGCUCAAAUCGUCAUACGCAUACGCUGCGACUCGAAGGACGCGCUGGUACCGUUGGGAUUAAAGUUCGGCUCCGAACCGGACGAGGAAACCGUGCGUUUGAUACAGCUCACGAAAGACCUCGGUCUAAAUUUACACGGCUUCAGCUUCCAUGUCGGUAGCCCGUGCGUCGAGCUCGAGGCUUACGCCAGAGGUAUCGCAUUGUGCAAACAAUUAGUUACCGUCUCCAAGGCAAUCGGGUGCGACAAGGUGCAGUUGAUCGACAUCGGCGGUGGAUUUCCGGGCAUGAGCGGAACGGACGUUGACAUGUUCGCCAAUAUUAUCAACGAGGCGGUAAAGGAUGUUGAUCCUAACAUAAAAAUUAUCAGCGAGCCGGGAAGAUACUACGUAACUUCUGCCUUCACUUUAGCCUCGUAUUUGCAUUCCAAGAGAAUCGUUCCGAAGAACGGAGAAAUAAUGAGAAUGUACUAUAUGAAUUGCGGAGUAUUCCAUUCCUUCCUAGAAGACCUGAUGGGCCUAUGCACUAGGAUUCCGGAAUUACUUUCUAAGCCAACAAGCGAAGAGAAAUUCCUUUCAAGUAUAUGGGGACCGACCGCCGACUCGUACGAUAUAAUUGUCAAAAAUGUGAUGUUGCCCAAGCUUCAUAUAGGUGAUUGGUUAGUUUGGAAAGAUAUGGGCGCUUAUUCUAUAGUCCUAUCCUGCCCAUUCAACGGAUACCCGCUCCCAGUUGUGGUGCCAAUCAUCAGGAAAAGCCAAUGGAAGGAUUUUAAAGCUCAAAUUGACUCGAUGUAAAAACUUGUUUUAUUCUCUAAAAUCAACGAACUGUAUAAUUCAACGAGAGUAAUUGAGUGAAUGAAUUCUUAAUAAAAUUUAAAGCUGUUCCAAAAAUGAA